CAAUAAGACCGAAUUCGUGUUGAGUUUGUAGUUCAGUUGGCAUUGUGGACUCUUUGCUGUGAAUUCGAAGUGAAAAAAAACGAUGGAAAAAUCGAGUACCAUCAACUAUAACGAAAAUCUUACACCAUCCGCACCAACUUUGAAUGGGAGCAAUCUUAACAGUCCAGAAGAUACAGGAGCAGACCCCCGUUUUAUCGAUAAUGGAUUUAAUAAUGAUUUCGGUCAAAAAUCUAACUUUGAGCCACCACCCCAGCAAUCUACCAACUCAAUUCCAUCAUUUAUGCCGCACCUGCCAGAUUCAGAUGACUCAUACUGUGGUCGUUUGUUCAAAAAUCGUAGACAAAUUAGAUCUAUUGCAGGAGGUCUUUUGCUGAUGUUAGGCUCAGGUCUUCACAUUGGAUGGGGUAUAUGGCGUUCAAGUUAUUACGGAAGAUGGAUAUUAACUGCGAAUGACAGUAUUGUCAUUUUUAUGAUAAUGGCAUGGUCGUUGGGUGCAUUUCUCGGAGGAUUCGCUGGCUCUAUCAUAACGCCAAUGUUGAAGAAACAAUCAAUUUAUUUACUAUCGGCUGCAAUUUUCAUUGUCGGUAAUGUACUGAUCAUUAUUUGGGACGAUGAAGGAGGAGCUAUUGGUGCUGGGCGUGUAUUGACUGGUGCCGCUCAUGGAAUAGGUUAUGUCACGUUAAUUACCCAUGCUGGAGAGAAUGCUGCACAGAAUAUGCGUGGAACAAUACUGUCGAUUAUUAACUGCAUGCUAUACACCGGAAUAUUCGUAUCGGUUAUUAUCACCGGAACCGUUCAGUACAAUAGUAUUGGCGUACCUGAUACAAUAUCGGAUGAUCGAAUUGUUGUUAUUGUGAGCAUUCCGUUAGCUAUUUUAUCCAUUGCUGCUUCGAUGAUGACGAUAGAAUCAGUUCCCUUCCUAUUGCAUAGAAAUUGCCACGACAACGCAAAGUUCAAUUUGCAAAAUCUGAGGGGUUCUUCUCACGAGACAUUGGAAUUGACGCGUGAAAUGGAGGAAUUACAUUUGAUGAUUAUCCAGGACAAACGGGAUAGUUGGAACAUAUUUACUGAUGGAAAUGUUAAACCACUAGUGUUAACGAUUCUGAUGCGAAUAAUGGUGGCAAUGACGAAUAAUUACCUAAUCAACGUCAUUACGAUAUUAUUCACUUUUCGAAUGUUCAAUUUGCACCAAUAUCGUCUUGUCCCGCUGGUAGUUGUUGCUCCCAGAUUAGCCAUGUCAAUCGUGCAGAUUUUCUAUGCAGAUGUUUUAAAGCGAAAAAUUCAAAUAAUUGUUUCGUCAGUGUUUGCCGGAAUCGUUUUGAUUAUCAUUGGAAUAAUAUUAAACGCUGUACAGUCGUGGGCGGCCACUGUAACAAUUUCAGUUUUAUGGCUAAUCUUUCAACUGGCAUGUAGUAUGGGCAUGGAUCAAAUGCAAGAUGUAUAUUUAUCCGAAGCAUUUUCAACGGCCAAAAAGCAAUGGUCGUUGCCAUUUGUUGCUGGCAUUGAUCAUAUGUUUCACAUAUUUAUGAUUGGAAUGUUCUUUGCUGGUAUUGACUCACUAGCUCAUUUGUAUGCCAUCAUUUUUAUUACCGGAAUAGUGGUAAUCAUUUUGGGAGUUGUUCUUGUCUUAGCACUACCGGAAACUCAGAACAUGUCACUAAAGCAGGCUAAGGAUUCAUUCAUUAAUUACACGAUUAACAUAUCUUCGCCGUUUGCGUAAGUUUCGAACGAACGAUACGAGAUGUUCAUCAUUUACUUUUCUUCAUAUUGUAAAGGAAAUUAACACCAAAAAUAAAUAAAUUUGUGAAAUCUUCGAAA